GGCCACGUCCCCUCUGACGUGUGUCUGGACGGUGAUGGCUGAAGUCGAGCUGGCAGUUAUCGGCACCAGCGAACCAAAACAAAGCGGAAUUCUUCCUCUUCGGGGACAGGGACAGUGCGUUUAAAGAACCUCGUCGCUUUCUACGGACUUCCUGUGGGUUUCUGUCUCUUAUCCCGUCACUCCGAGUGGAUAACUUUUUUUGAUAAACGGAUCGAUCCGUAUGAAACCGCAGUCUCCACUCUGUUGCUGAUAAGACCGAUAACAAAGCUUUAGGAAAGGAAAUCAUCUAAAGGUGGCUUGGGUUCAUCCUGUCCAUGUAAACCUCCACGCAGGGGCAGUGUGAGUGUGAGUGUGUGUGUGUGUGUGUGUGUGUGUGUGUGAGAGAGAGAGAGAGAGAGAGAGAGAGAGAGAGAGAGAGAGAGAGAGAGUGAGUGAGUGAGUGAGUGAGUGAGUGAGUGAGUGCCGCCGGUCAUGGCGUCCUGGUUGGGGGGUUUGGGCUCGGGCCUCGGUCAGUCUCUCGGUCAGGUCGGAGGAAGUUUAUCCUCUUUCACCGGACAAAUCUCCAGUUUCACCAAAGACAUCCUUCUGGAAGGAGCGGAAGAAGUCGGAGAUGCUGCCACCGAGCUGCACGUGUCCAACUCGAAGCUGCUGGAGCUGGAAUCGGCGCUCUCCGCGCAGAAAUCCGAGUAUGAACGCUUGAGGAGAAUAAACGGCGAGUUGGAGGAGAAGCUGGAGGCGGCGGAGAUCCAGGUCAAACAGCAGUCGGCGGAGUACAGGACCGUCCUGCAGCAGAAAGAGGUGGAUAUCAGCCACCUCAAAGCCAGACAAAGCAGCUUACAGGAAGAAGUCCAGAAGCUCCGACUCUCCGCCCAGGACUUCUCGUCUUCGUCUUCCAAUCCUGCCGUGCUUCCCGUUACGACCGUCGCCACCACCACCGGCUCCUCCUCCUCCUUCCUGUCCCGCCCCUCGGCCGGCCAUCACGGUUUCCACGGCGACGAGGUGGACCUGAGCGACGUCCUGUGGUCGCAGCAGGAAAUCAACCGGCUGUCCCACGAGGUGCAGCGCCUGGAGGCGGACGUCGCUCAUUGGAGGAGAGUGGCCCAGGCGUCGAAAGUGUCGGGAGCAGAAAAAGGCGGCGACCAUGGGGAGAUCCUGAAGCUGCAGAGAACCAUCAAAGAGCUGCGAGAGGAAAUGGGCCACGAGGUCGACGAGCACCAGCACGAGCUGACGGCGCUGCAGGACGCUCAUCGGCAAAAAAUGGCGGACAUGGCGAAGCGGCACAGAGACGAGCUUGCGGAGUACGAAGAGAGGAUCGAGGAGCUGGAGGAGCAGCUUCAGAGUGGAACUGCUGCCACACUCCACACUCCAGCAGCAGCGUCGCCGGAUUCCUCCAAACUCGAAGAGCUGCAGGCUGCGAUCCUCACCCUGCGUGAGGAGGCGGAGCUUCAGAACACAAAGUGCAGCGAGCUUGCGGCGAGUCUCGAGGAGGCCCGGCGCCAGGGGGCGGAGCUCCAGCGAGAGAAGGACGAGGCGAAGGCGGAGAACUCGGAACUUCUGCAGAACUACACUCGACUCCAGAGCUCCGUUAGUGAACUUCAGACUCGGGUUCAGGAGCAGGAGAGCAAAGCGAUGGUGAAAGCACAGCACGACGGCGAGAUGCACGCUCUCAGGAAAGCGCUCGCGGACGCUGAGAAAGAGGUGUCCAGGUUGAAAUCCCUCACUGAAAUAAAUGCUGAGGUCGAACACGCGGACAUCCUGGAGUUCAACACGGCCCUCGACGCGCUCAGAGCGGAGAAGGAGGAACUAGAGAAAGAGAAGUCGGCGUUAGUGGAGAACCUUCGGCUAGCGGAGAACCGGGGCACGUGGAGUGAAGCUGAAGGCUCCGAGGACCUGCAGCUCGAACUUACAGACUUAAAGAAGCAGCUGGAGCAGAGAGAGGAAGCUUUAAAGCAAGCGCACGCUAGCAUGGACACACUCACAGCAGAACUGGAAGAACUCGACCGGCAGAACCAAGAGGCCACGCAGCAUCUCAUCACAAUGAAAGAUCAACUUGCUGCACAGAAGUCUCAGGCUGAAGCUGAAGUUAGCCGUUUAAAAUCGGAGCUUACGACGUCACUCGGUCAAAAAGAGGCGCUUGGUCAGGAGUUGGCGGCUCAGAAGGAGAAGCUCAGCCAAAGUGCCUUUACCCUCAACGACCUACACAUGGGCAAACAGCAGCUGGAGGCCACGAUAAAAGAGCUAAGGGACAAAUUAAAGAAGUCUCAGGAGCUUGGCAAAGAGACGCGCACGGAGGCCUCCGAGCUGAAGAAGCUGCUGCAGGAAAGAGAGACUCAGCUGGAUGCUCUCCGUGAGGACCUGAGUCAAGCAGGGGAGCGAGGGGAUGAGGUAAAGGGUCAAAUGAAAGUCCUGGAAGAGAAGGAGAACGAAAUCCAGGAUGUGAGACGAGAGCUGGCGGAAUUGAAGGUCUUGUUUGAGAAAGUGUCCUCUGAGGACUUUGAGUUAAAGAUGGAGAACAGGAAGUUGAAAGAAGACCGCGUUCAGGCUCUUGAGAAACUGGAGGAUUUGGACCGAGAGCUACAGGAUGGCCAGGCCUCUCUCAGCAGAGCAGUCUUUGAGAAAGACACUCGCAUCGAAGCCUUGAAACUAGAGAAGAACCAGCUAGAAGUUGAACUGAGUCAAGCAGAGAACCGGCUUUUGGAUCAGGCCAAGCAGUACCAGCAGACCGUCGAGGAGCUGACUAGAGCGCGAUCCUUGGAUGCCUCUGCAUUGCAGAUGGAACACGAACGCGCCGUAAAGUUAAACCAGGAGAAGGACCUGACGAUCGCCAAGCUAAAGCGUGAGAUGGAGCAGAUGGUGGCCGACCACAAAGACACCAGUGAGAUGUUGGACAUCACCGUGGCUGGACAGAAGCAGCUCACCGAGCUUUUACAGGAGAAGGAUGCUUUUGCGGCGUCAUUAAAAGCUCGGGCUGAUGAAGCGCAGCAGGAUUUAGAGGCCAGGAUCUCGCAGGCAAGACAAGAAAGUGACGCACUAAGGAAAGUAGUCGAGGAGAAGGACAAGCAACUAGGGGCCAUGAAGGAGAAGAACAGUCACCUGAAGGAGGAAAUCGACCGCCUGAAGGAUCAGCAGAGUCGACCGCAGCCGAUGUCCGAACCAAGGACGCUGGACAUAAUCACCGAGCUGGAAACUGAAGUCGCACAGCUCAAAGCUGCUAGAGACAGAUUUGAGGAAGAAGCAAGUACGAUCAGGGCAACGUCAGAACAACAACGGGAAUCGCUCAUACAGUCGCAGCAUGCGUUACAGGUGCACCAGAACGAACUGGAGCAGGCUCGGUCGAGACACGAGCAAAGCACCCUCAACUACGAAAAACUGAUCGGUGCCAAGGAUGAGGAAAUCACGAGGCUGCAGGUGGAGAUGGAAACACUCAGCGUACCAAGUCGACCUCCGACUGUGGAAAUCCUCCAAGAGGACAAGACUCGUUCACUCGGUGGCGAGAAUGGCAAUGAGAAGCAUGACUUGUCCAAGGUGGAGAUAGAAAAACUCGUAAAGGGCAUCAAGGAGAAAGAGACCGAGAUCCUCCAGCUAAACGAAAAGAACCUCUCUUUGACCAAGCAGCUCGAUCAACUUGCGGUCUCUCGUGAUGAACUUGGCAAACUUUCUCAAAUAGUGCUUCAGAAGGAUCUAGAAAUCCAAGCGCUUCACGCUCGUGUUUCAGGAGGCUAUAGCCAGGAUGUUCUGUUGCUUCAGCAGCAGAUGCAAGCUUAUGCGGUCGAGCGAGAGCAAGUGCUCGCUGUACUGAAUGAAAAAGCACGCGAGAACAGCCACCUGCGUUCGGAAUACCAUCGCAUCAUGGAAAUAGUCGCGGCCAAGGAAUCGGCGUUACUCAAGCUCCAGCAAGAAAACCAGCGCCUGUCUACUAUGAGUGACCCUUCCGGAAGCCAGGAGAUGUUCCGAGAGACCAUUCAGAACUUGUCUCGGAUCAUCCGCGAGAAGGACAUUGAAAUCGAUGCUCUUACGCAGAAAUGCCAAACAUUGGUCACUGUUCUCCAAGCAUCUGGUGGAGACUCUGGAAGCAGUGGUUCAGGUGGCGUGAGCAGCAAUCAGUUCGAGGAGCUCUUACAUGAGAGAGACAACCUCAAGCAGCAGGUCAAGAAGAUGGACGAGUGGAAGCAACAGGUGAUCACGACUGUGAAGAACAUGCAGCAUGAAUCUGCCCAGCUGCAGGAAGAGCUUCUUAACCUCCAAGGCCAGGUGUCAGCUGACAGCGACUGCAGCUCCAAACUCUCGGGCGAUUACACGAGACUCAUCCAAAGCUACGAGCAGAAGGAGAAAAGGCUGGGCAGUUUGAGUCAGGAACUUGCCCAGGUCCAGCAGACCAUCAGCCAGCUUAGUAGCACUAAAGACGUCCUGCUUGGAAAGCUUGACAGCGUUUCUCAGGUCCCAGACCUUUCCGCACAACCUGUCCAAACUGUAGGACAUCAGAGUGCCCAGGACGCACCACCAAAACUGCCAGUUGUUCAAGAUGAGAACUUACGACAAGAACUGGAAUCGUUACAAAGGGCGUUAGCCGAGAAGCAGGAUAUGUUGAGAACGCUUCAGGAGAACAACCAUCGCUUGGCAAAUUCUGCGUCUUUGUCAGGAAACGAGCAAAGGGGCCAUGCCGAGGAGCUCAGGCAAGCACGGGAGAGGAUCGAGACCCUGCAGCGGUCCCUCAGAGAGAAAGACCUGCUUAUCAAGACCAAAGGAGACCAACUGAACCAAGUGAGUGAAACGUUGCGCAACCGUGAAAACGAUAACGAGGUCCUGAAGCAGGCCGUUACAAACCUGAAGGAGCGCGCACUGAUCCUCGAACUGGACGUCAAGAAGCUGAAGGAGGAGAACGAGGCCGUGACGGCGAAAUCGCGGGAGAAAGAGACGGAGUUUCGGGCUCUGCAGGAGACCAACAUGCAGGUGUCGCUGAUGCUGCGGGAGCGAGAGUUUCAGUGCAGCACCAUCACCGAGAAGGCUGCGGCCAUGGAGAAUCUGCUCAAAGAUAAAGAGCAGGGUAAGACCGGCGAGCUGAAUCAGCUGCUGAACGAGGUGAAGUCCAUGCAGGAGAAAGCGCUGGCGUUCCAGCAAGAGAGAGACCAAGUGAUGCUGGCUCUUAAACAGAAGCAGAUGGAGACUUCUGCCCUACAGAGUGAGCUGCAGCACACUCGCGAAAAAGAGCACAGGCAGAAGCUGGAGUUGGAGCGUCUCCGCAAUCACCUGCUGGAGAUCGAGGACUCGUACACGCGGGAGGCGCUCGCGGCCGAGGCCCGGGAGAGCGAGCUCAGGCGCAGGGUAGCGAUGCUCGACGAGAAGCUGACGUCGUCCUCCAGCGCCGUGGAGAGCGCCAGUCAGCAGGCCAGUCUGCAGGUGGAGUCUCUUCAGGAGCAGCUGAACGUCCUAGCCAGGCAGAGGGACGAGGCUGUGCUUCAACUCCAUGCUGCUCAGGAACAAGUCAACCAGUACGCAGUAUCUCUGUCCAACCUGCAGAUGGUGCUAGAGCAGUUCCAGCAAGAGGAGAAAGCCAUGUACUCGGCAGAACUGGAGAAACACAAGAAAGAGAAGGAGGAGUGGAGGAGGAAAGCGGACAGGCUGGAGGAUCAAGCCUCCGCCCUGCAGCUGAAUCUGGACGAGGCGACUGCCGCGUUAGAGUCGGCUUCCCGCCUCACUGACCAGCUCGACCUGAAGGAGGAGCAGAUCGAGGAGCUGAAGAAACAGGUUGAAGUGAGACAGGAGAUGCUGGAUGAAGCCCAGCACAAACUGACCGAUCUUCUCAACAGCACUGAAGGCAAAGUGGACAAAGUUCUAAUGAGGAAUCUGUUUCUCGGAUAUUUCCACACGCCGAGAAACAAACGCGCCGAAGUGCUGAGGCUCAUGGGUAACGUGGUUGGAUUGGAACGGGACGACGUGGACAAGAUGUUGGAGGAGGAGGUGAGGAAGGGGGUCACCGGUUGGGUGUCAGGGUGGUUAGGAGGCAGCAGAGCGGUACAGAGUGUCCCCACCACACCCCAAAAACCCACCCACACCCAAAACCUCAAUGGGUCUUUCUCGGAGAUGUUUGUGAAGUUCCUAGAAGUGGAGUCCACUCCGGCUGCGCCCGCUCCCAAACUGCCCGUUUACGACAUUAAGCCUCUGAGUGCGCCCCCUCCUGGCCGGAACGCUUCCGUCGCAACUGCAGCAGGCUCGUCAGGCAGCGGGAAGCGCGGCGCGGACUCGAACCCGUUCCUGGCACCUCGAUCCGCAGCUGUUCCGCUGUUAACGGCCGGCGGCGGGGGGGCCGCGGGUGGACACCUGCUCAUGAAGCCCAUCUCGGACGCUCUCCCUACGUUCACGCCCGUUCCGGUGGCAGCCGACGCCAGUGCAGGGGCGGUCCUUAAAGAUCUGCUCAGACAGUGAUAGGCCCAGCAACGCUGUCAAUCGAAGCACUUUAGGAGACGCCUGGAGACGGAGCGCCAGAGCCGUUUUUCUCCUCGAUUAACGAGGAGACGCGAUGGAUAACAGAAAGUCCGGGUCAGUUUGCAGUGGUGAAACGACUAUACAAGAUAUUUCCUGAAGCGUUUGCGUUUUGUUAAAUCUCUCUGCAGUCUGUAAUCAGAAGUAUCCUUCGGGGAUUUGUAGCGAACAGCAGUGUUUCUGCGCUCGCUCUUUAAUCUGGAGAAGAUCGUCCGUCUGAUGAAAGACGGCCAGUUGGCUCGCAGAUGGCUGUGGGAUUUAUUAAGACCUUUUUUCCCUCCGUCUGUGAAAUCCAUAUGCAUAACUUCUCUUUUUUUCUUUUUUUUUUUUUUCUUUUCUUCCUUCGUUCUUUCUUUUUCGCAUUUUUUCCCCCUCUCUGGCUCUCCCUCCGUCUCGGUUACAGCGACGACUCUAACGGCCGCUCGUGGUUCGACAACUGAACACUCUGUUAAUGAUGGAGCACUUCUGCUGUGUAUAUCUUCAAUAUUAUAAAUAUGUACUUAAAGUGUAAAUCUGAAUCAGCGCGGGGAAAGUUCACACGUCGAAGAGGGGAAAAAAAGCGUGUACAUAUCGAUUUCUUAUAAAUAAAUGAUUAAAAAAAAAGGCUCUUGUGUAAAUGUAGCUAUAAAUUAUUAAUGAAUACCCGUAAAAACAAUUUGGGACGGUGUGUAUUUUAUUUUAACACUAAAAAAAUACAAAGAAAGACUGCCGCUUGUUUUGUCCCGGUAAAAAAAACUCCUAUUUUAUGGAACUUGCUGGGUUUAUUAGUGUAUUCGGAUUGAUUAUUAAUGUAAGGGUUGAGCAGGUUUACUGUUUUGCUUUUGUUUGUUUGUUUGUUUGUUUGUUUUGGAGGGGAGGGGUUGGAAUCACACUUAGAGUAUUUGUAAUUGAACGCAGAAAUAAAGAUCUCUGCAAAUGCA